UUCAUUCGGUGCUGUCUGUUUGUCAGUGUUCUUCAGCGUGAAAAUUGGAAUAUUAUAAAUACCGGUGUAUUUUAUUUAUUUCCACAGUUCAGUAAACAUCAUUAAAUUUCAAAAACCUGCCCACGAUAAACUUUAAAGGACAUUCAUUUUGCGUUAAGGCUUUGAAUGUCAAGAAGUACCCCAAAGGAUCCUUGUAAAGUCUCGGCCUGUAGGAUUCAAACUUGUUUAAAAGAACACCAUUUUGAUGAAACCAAAUGCUACGAUGUUCUCGAGGACAUGCGCCAGUGUUGUCUGAAGUGGCACAAAGUAUCACUCUGUUGUUCCGGAAUCAAAUUGGACCGUAAUUACCGGGCUGAAAAGGAGGCCGCAGAACGCGAAAAGCUUGAACAAGAGCGCAAGAAGCAAUGACUCAAGAUCCGAGACGAAAAUUCAUCGUUCCGAAACGUAGCUUGAUUGAGCGUUAUCCUCGAGUGACUAUUGCUACCAUUACCACCACCGCUCUUUUGAUAUUCUUCUCUAAACCAUUGUACGACGCAUUCUUUGCA